AUGAUCAGAGUGCUGCUAACAGCUGCUGCUCUCGUGGCUGUCGGUCUGUUUUACUCUCAAAUUGAAGAAGACAUUAAAGAUUCCAUUUCUAGUAAGUUCUCUUCAAUGCGAAAGCUGUGACAGCUUCCUGAGCUGCAACCGACCGUUUCCUGUCAAUUGUCCUCCCCACUCAAAAUGUUACACGUUAACGAAGCGUCAUGGGCAAGAACGUUAGUGGAUUCAGUAUUUUCAUUCAUUUCUGUACCUUCAUUCUCAUUAGUACUUUUCAGUUCUCGCAAAGGGAUGCGCUCACUCAUGUGAAUCUCUAACUCACUCGGACGGCGCCUAUUGCACCACUUGUCAUCAUCGCGACUUCUGCAACGGCCCAGAACCCGGAAUCGGUCAGGGAGUCGUCAUGAAUCAUCAUCCACCAGAGAUCGGAGGAGGUGUCGCCCCGGAUAACGGAUAUCAUAUUGGACAUGGAGUCCGUCCUCGUUCGGCGACCCAUUCAUCCUUUGGAUUCGUCUUGGCCCUUCCACUCUUCAGCCGUAUAAAUUUGUAA